UCGCACACGGACAUCUGGAGAAGCCGGCGCGCAUCGAGUACGCGCACUUCUCCUUUCCAAACCCGCCAGGUGUAUUGAUGUCUGUCUCCCCGUAUCGGGACUGCCGAUGCCGCGGCAGAAAGGACAGGUGCGUGGGACACAAGUUGCCGAGUGGCGGCGUUAAUCGGGAUGGGGGGAGACAAGGAAUAAUGAAUAUAGACGGUGUAGCGGUAAGAAAUUGUAUCGGAGCCGCUGCUCAUACUGAAGAAGAAUAAUCCACCUUUUUCAUGCAAUGAAAUGCAGAAUGUGAACAGAUGAACUGAAUCGAUUGGACUUUUUGGUCCGUCUCAUGCAGAUCGACGACUUUAGGUUUUUUUUUAUUUUUUUAUUUUUUGUACAUCGCUAUUUCGUUCAUUAUUGCUCUUCUACUUGAUCGUAGCAAGUUGCAAGAGAAAUAAAGAUAUACUAGCCAGUAGUAGUUUCGAAAGUGAAGACCGACGGAAUUUAAGUUUUUACUAUGUUUUUCAAAAUAUACUUAAAGUAAGAUGCAACCACCUAGGAAUAGAAUUGUGUGUUAAAUGUAUUUACGUACCACUGACGUGUUUACGUUCCUUGUCAGUUAAUAUGACUUUUGCAUGAAGAUCUCAAUCAUCCAAUACGUAUUUAUAAGGGUAUUUUCAAAUCAUGUGCGUGAGCACAAAUAGGUAUACUACCUUGUCUGAGAAUGAACAUCAGUCGGAAAAUUCAGUGUAUUUUUUUGGUCUGUGGUCUUUUUAACUAAGGAGAGAAACUGCAGCCGGGAUUCAAUAAUAUUUUCAAUCAUCUUGGGACAAGGGAUUUACCAUGUCAAAAACGCUAAAGAAGAAGAAACAUUGGUCGAUUAAAGUGCAGGAGUGUGCCGUGUCAUGGGGGAGCGGCGGCGAGUUCGGCUCCGUAGUGGAGCUGCGCGGGGGUGCCGAGCAGGGAGAGUUCCCCCACCUGGGCCAGAUUAAGUCUGAGGCGCUGGUCUGUCACUUCGGGAGGAUCCCCAUUGCGGGAGAUGUGCUGCUGGAGGUGAACUGCACCCCCGUCAGCGGGCUGACACACCGCGACACCCUGGCCGUCAUCCGCCACUUUCGGCAGCCGGUUCGGCUGAAGACCGUCAAGCCAGGGAAGGUGCUGAACACGGACUUACGCCAUUACCUCAGCCUUCAGUUCCAGAAGGGCUCUCUGGACCACAAGCUGCAGCAGACUAUUCGGGACAACCUGUACCUGCGCACGAUCCCCUGUACCACAAGACAGCCAAGAGAUGGGGAAGUGCCUGGAGUAGACUACAGCUUCAUCAGUGUAGGGGAGUUCCACGUCCUAGAGGAUAGCGGACUGCUUCUAGAGAGUGGCACCUAUGAUGGCAAUUACUAUGGCACCCCAAAGCCCCCAGCUGAAGCAGGUGCUACACAGCCCGACCUGGUGGACCAGGUUCUGUUUGAAGAGGACUUCAGUAGUGAGGUGCAACGGAAACGCACCACCUCUGUCAGCAAGAUGGAGCGCAAGGAUAGCACCGCCCCCGAGGAGGAGGACGAAGAUGAGAGGCCGUCCAUACUAAACGGCCUUGCAGAUCACCAAGAAGGAGCUGACUGGAGGAAGAGGGUGCCCGAUUACAGCCAGCCCAGCAGCAGGACAGACCUCCGCUCUUGGAACUCCCUGUCCAGAGAUGACAGCUUGGAACCUCUCCCCAAAAACUGGGAGAUGGCCUACACUGAUACGGGGAUGGUUUACUUCAUCGACCACAACACCAAGACCACCACCUGGCUGGACCCCCGACUGGCCAAGAAGGCCAAGCCCCCCGAGAAGUGUGAGGACGGAGAGCUUCCAUAUGGUUGGGAGGAAAUUGAUGAUCCGCAGUACGGAACCUACUAUGUAGACCACAUUAACCAGAAAACCCAGUUUGAGAACCCAGUCCUGGAGGCCAAGAAGAAAUUGAGACAAGAGGCUUCCACUGCUUCCCCCCUCCAGCAGGGUGCGCCACUGCCAGCAGAAGAUGGCAGCUUGGGUAUCUUCACACUGGACCCCUCCCAGCUGCAGGGGGUGAUCAUCCGCACGACCCUCAGGAAGAGUGCCCAGGGCUUUGGGUUUACCAUCAUCGGUGGCGACCGGCCUCACGAGUUUCUACAGGUCAAGAACGUCCUGAGCGACGGGCCAGCUGCCCAUGACAAUACCAUCGCCUCCGGCGACGUCAUCGUGGACAUCAACGGCACGUGCGUCUUGGGGAAGACCCAUGCCGAGGUGGUGCAGAUGUUCCAGUCCAUCCCCGUCAAUCAGUAUGUGGAUAUGGUGCUGUGCCGGGGAUACCCGCUGCCAGAAGACGCAGAUGCCGACGAUGACGCAGAAGUGAGUGCCGAGGUGGUGACGGCCGUGCCGCUCAUCAACGGGCAGCCGCUGCUCGUGAAGGCAGACACCUUGAGAGCGUCUUCCCAAGAGCUCCACUACCUCACCACUGACUCCAGUGGUAGACCCCUGGUUGCUGCCCUGCCUGCUGCCUUGGAAAGGCCCAACCAGUCCCUUCUGCAGCCCGAGUUGGUGAACGUUCUCCUGGUGAAGGGUCCUGGAGGUUUCGGCUUUGCCAUCGCUGACUGCCCACUGGGCCAAAAAGUCAAGAUGAUACUGGACGCUCAGUGGUGCCGUGGCCUGAUGAAGGGUGACGUCAUCAAGGAGAUCAAUCGGCAGAACGUGCAGACGCUCAGCCAUGCCCAGGUGGUGGACAUCUUGAAGGAUCUGCCGGUGGGCAGCGAGGUCAGCGUCCUGGUGCUGAGAGGAGGCCAAACGUCCCCAGUGAAAUCCCUGAAACCUCUCUCACAGAAGCAGGACAUGAUGUCUAAUGCCGAGGCUCUAGACCCUACCCCAGAAGCACCCCCGCAGCCCCCACCGAGCUGCAUGAGGCCGAGCUCCCCUAGGUUGGACCCCACCGAGCUCUACGCAACGUCCAAAGCUGUGGUGGAGAGUACGGGCCCAGUGAUAAAGGAGUUGGACAUCUUCAUCAAGAGGAACCAGGAGUCGGGAUUCGGGUUCCGAGUUCUGGGUGGAGAAAGUUCCAAACAGCCGGUCUACAUCGGCGCCAUCGUGCCCCUCGGGGCGGCCGAGAAGGAAGGUCAUCUCCGGGCAGGAGACGAGCUCAUAGCUAUCGACAGUGUUGUGGUCAAGGGUAGGCCACACAAGCAGGUGCUGGAUCUGAUGACCAAUGCUGCCCGCAACGGCCAGGUCCUGCUGACCGUCCGCAGGACUGUUAUCUACAGGGAUGGUGGGGAUGCAGACGGGGGCCAGCAGUUGGCGACCCCUGCCCUGCUGAACGGCUCCCCCAGGCUGACCCGUGCAGAAGCGCUAGGUCAGGCCGAGCCCCACCCUUAUGACAUCGUCCUGCAGCGCAAAGAGAGCGAGGGCUUUGGGUUCGUCAUCCUCACAUCCAAGAGCAAGCCCCCCCCUGGAGUGAUCCCACACAAGAUCGGCCGCAUCAUUGAGGGCAGCCCCACUGAUCGCUGUGGCCGGCUCAAGGUGGGAGAUCGCAUCUUGGCCGUUAAUGGCCAGUCCAUCGUGCAGCUGUCACACAGCGACAUUGUGCAACUCAUCAAGGACGCUGGCAAUUCCAUAACCCUGUCAGUGGUCCUGGCAGAUGAAUACACUGGGCCCCCAUCUGCUGCCAGUUCGGCCAAAAACAGCCCUGCCCUGCAGCACCGAGCCAUGGGCCAGCAGCCAGCCACAAGAGAUGACCGGUGCAACCUGGAAAUGGAGGAGAAGUGGGACGGCUCUUCUCGGGCGAGUUACAGGACGCGGGGGGCGAACGAGCAGAGCAGCGUGUGCAUAGAAGGGCCCCGGCAGGGCUGCUUCACGGUGGAGCUGGACCGUGGUCCUCGAGGGUUUGGCUUCAGCCUGCGAGGGGGAAAGGAGUACAAUAUGGGCCUGUACAUCCUACGGCUGGCAGAGGACAGCCCUGCCCAGCUGGACGGCAGGAUACAUGUGGGGGACCAGAUAGUGGAGAUUAACGGGGAGCCAACCCAGGGAAUCACACACACCAGAGCCAUCGAGCUCAUCCAGGCCGGGGGCAGCAAGGUGUUACUGCUGCUCAAGCGCGGGCCUGGGCUGGCAGCGGACCACGGUAUUCAGAGAGAUGCAUUGGGCCCAGUAUCUCCAUCCAUCAGCUCUUCAGAAUCGCUUUCCCUGCCUCUGGAGUGGAACACCCCUGUCCCUGUGCCUUCCGUCUCCCCCUUGCACUCCCCUCGGUUGCCUGAACCACGAGCCACCUGGGAAGCCGCAGUGGUGAGAAGGCUUGAUGCCUCUGACACAAAGACUGCAGAUGAGUUGCUGUUGGAUCCCGCAGAGGGACAAUGGGACCACCAGGGGGCGCCCAGUCCUAACAGGGGGAAGACUCCCAGUCGGUCUCCCAGCUCCCAAAAGAAUCGUGGGGAGGGCCAUGCCGGGACAAGACAGCUGCACCCGGAGCAGCGGGCCGAGCGCAGGAGCAGGGAGGACGGGCAGCGGGGCAGCGAGGAUGCGGGCUGGAGGAAAUGGAAGCCAGAGCGAGACACCCAAAGACACAGAGAAGAAGCAGAGAGGAACAGCACCCGGGGGAGGCAAGGGGAAGGGCAGGGAAGGGGGAGUCAGCCAAGAAGAGAAGAGGAGGAGAGCUGGGCUGACCAGAGGAGGUGCACAGGCAGAAAGCAGGACACUCCUGGCGGGAGGGGGCCAAUCACCCCUGGCCCGUGGAAUAUACCUAGCUCCGCCAGGAUCCUGUCCUAUUCCGAAGUCAUGCGAGACAGCUGCUGAUGAUGCGUUUCUGGAAGCCUGGCCGUCUGACAGCACAGGUGGCAGCCCUCUUACAGAAAGCCAGACUGGCGGAAGUUCAGCACACAACCCCCCCCCCCCCCCCCCCCCAAGACCCUGCCUGCGCCCUGCUGGCCACAGCCUUGUCUACAAGAAACAGGAGACAGAGCUUCCCAUGGAGCGCUUCUCUGUCAGUGUCAGAGCCUCAUCUUACUGCAUGCAAACACAAAAGAUGACAAAUAAACUGUCAUUCAGUCAACGGAGAUUUGGACUCUGUUGGACUCUUGUCUUCUGUUGUCUUUUUGCGUUAAUGGAAAUUACGACCUUGCAUGUCUCAUCCAAACUCCAGAUUGCUAUAUGUAAACAUAUAAAAUGAGGUACCAAACAGGCUAAGAGAUUCUGUGAAUAUGUUUAUACAGUUUAGGUCAUAUAAUAUUUAACUUUGUAGCUUUUAUUUAUUAGUUUCAGUAUUUUAUUGGCACACAUUGUGAUCCAGGAAACUUUAUUUUGACCCUGACUUCAAUACUUAAAAACGCUGAAAUGCCUGACCAGUAUUUUUUUUUACAACUGCACAAAAGUGCCAAUUUAAUGUAUAUAUUUAAAUACUGAUACCAAAACAAUAUUUAAAAUAAAUGCUUUUUGAUAUGUCCAGAUCUUCAAACCUUAAAUGAUUAUUCCCAAAAACAGUUUAAGGAUUUUUAGGACAAUUUCUUCCUUACAUAAAUGCAUCCUGUUUGGUACCUUGUAAAAUAAAAUGUGAAAAUGUGUGUGUACAUAUAUACAUAUAUAUACGACCAGAGACUUGUGCUUAUUGGUUAUCUUGUUUAUGAUAAAUUGUAUCUAAUUUAUUCAAAUGAAAAAAUUGGAGUGAUAUACAUAUAUGCAUCCAUCUUGAGCCAAUCAGCAUUUUGAUGUGGGCUUCUGGGAUUUGGAGUUUUAUGACCUUACACUGUCCUUUAUCACUGUUUUUUUUAUGGAAGGUCAGAGGUCAGUUUUGCACAAUGAAUGGCAGUCAGUGGGCAUUCAGACAUGACGCUGACACUUUCACUCAUGCACGUAAAAGGUUGAGGGAGAGGGCUACCUCACGAUGGUGUCCGACACAAGAGAUCAAGGGCUCUAUAACAGCAUCAGAUUUCAUUCUCCUUCAAACAAAGUAUCAGCACCAAAGUGGCUCUUCAAGGCCCAGCUACUAUAAAUAUAAUUCCAGUUGGUGUUUUAUUCUUUGCAUGGUUUUUCGUUCCACUGAUUGUUCCUGCCUUUGAUGGACAGCUGUAGCAAAAAUGUCUGCAAUGUGUUAAUUGUUUUGCAGAUCUUCUUCCCUCUAACUCAUUUCUGCUUCAGUGAGCUCAGAUUUCGAGUGUACCUGGAUGGUUUUUGAAAACCUCAGGGGGACGUGGGUGUGGUUUGUUGACGGAGUGAGUCUUCGUCUUCUUUUUGAGGAGGGAGAUUCCCAUGUAAAUGCUUAAGUCGUUAACAGCCUCUGACCUCAGCUGUGUCGGAUCCAUGUCCCCAAACACAUUGGUGGGUAAUGUCUAUGAAUGCAUGACUUUCAGUCAGGAAAUAUUCUUUUGUUGUUUGCAACAUCUAACUUUGGCACAUGCAUGGAUAUGGAUGUCCUUCUUGAUAAACGUUGUGACUUGGAUAACACAGAAAACUGCAUUUAGCCAAUGACAGACUCCUAGACAUGUUUGGAAAGAUCUGUUCGAUUCAAAGUAUUUCUAAAAAUGUGUAUGCUACCCAAAUGGUCUUGUUGAGUUAUAGUUGUGAGAAGAGUUUUUAUUCACACUGUUGGUAGGCGACUCCAUGCACUGACUGUAUGCAGUCCCCUUUGCGGCUCUGUAAACUUGUAGAGAUGUUGUGAAAACAUACACAAGCUGGUAUUCAUCAUGGUUAUCGCAUGCAAAAGAAGUAGUAGUGAACUCUCAUCUUUUGAUUCCAGACCAAAAACAAGAACUGAUUUAGACCUUUCUCAUGUCAUAGAGGGUUUUAAAUGUAAAAAAUAAGUUAUUUUUUCAUUGCUUUUGCUAAACUUGCAUAGGUUUUAUUCAGCUUCUCACAGAUGUGCUUAAUUCUAAAACAGUGUUAAUCAACCCGGUCCUCAGGGGACCCGCAGCCAGACUACAUUUUUGCUCCCUCCCAUCUCCCUGCCAGACAGUCCACAUUUUUGCUCCCUCCCAGCUCCCGGCUUAAACGUGGACAGUCUGGGGUCCCUGAGACCCAGGUUGAGAAACACUGUUUUAAAAAGAAUUUGUCGGAUGAAGAACGGACAAGCAGAACAAGUUGCAGUCAGUGAGCUGUCUGAACAGCCCUGCCUCUCCUGCAUUUAGCUGGCGAGCACCAGCCAAUCACAUCGCAGUUAACUGCAUAGUACUUUGGACAAGUUAUUUUUUGGGGAGUCUCAGUAUAUUAGUAUUUCCCAGUCCGGUCCAAUGGGAGCCACAGACAGUCCACGUUUGUGCUUCCUCCCAGCUCCCUACCAAUGCAGCAAAACUGUGGACUGUCUGGCAGGGAGCUCGGAGGGAGCAAAAACAUCACCGCUGUGGGUCUCUGAGGACCGGAUUGGGAAACACUGCAGUAUACCAUUGCCAUCUACACUAGGGCAUUGUGGGAGACCCCUGAAGGCUACUGACACUGCUGUUUCGGCAUACAGUGUACUACAGUGGCCUUAGCACUUUAGUUAAUCAGAAAAUUAGCUUGGUCUCGACAUCAUGUGGUAGCUGUAAAUGUUUAUAUAUUGUACAGCAUCUUUAUAAAUACAUAGAGCUCUCAUUCUGGAAAAACAAAAAAAUCAAGAUCUGUAAAUCUCCCCAUUAUUUUUUUAUGUAAUUGUAAAGAAGGUGUGAGGUGGAAAGAGUCAUUGCAUUCUGUUCAUGCAAUAAUAAAGUUCUAACAAGAUAAUAUUA